GUGGUAGUGGCUGUGGCUGGGGUGUCGGUGGUGGAGGCUGGCGAUUGUGGCGACCUUGCGGCCGAAGGAGGCGUUAUCUGGGUGGUCCACUCUGGCGGAAGCUCGUCCACGGCCUCCAAGGACGGAACCAUUGUCGCUCCGGUCACCUUUUCAGCCGCACGGGCCAUGGCUGCCGAGUGUGCUUCGGCUUCGUCGCCAGUCACCAUCCGCAUGGAACAAGGCGUGUACUCGUUUACCUCGAAAAUCUCUCUCGAGUCCCAUGUCACCUACGAAGGCGGCCUCAUCUACGACGGUGCCGGCGCGUGGCGCAAGUCAAACAAGUUUGUCACCACUCUGCGGAGAACAGGUACCAGCUACGAGACUCCGGCUUCUGGUCAGCGUGUCUACAUCGCGCUACAGGCUGUCAGCAAGUCCAAAUUUAAGCUUCAGGACCUGACAAUUGAGACCGAUGCGGCACCCUCCGUCACCUCUAACCGCGGCGUGAGUACGUACGGCCUCCAUCUGACCAAUGCAAACGACUUUACCAUCCUACGCUGCAACAUUCGCCCCGGCGCUGCGUCUGCAGGCGGCUCGGGCUCCAACGGGGGCUCGGGCUCUGCAGGCUCUAACGGCGGCAAGGGGAAAAACGGCGACGAGGAUAACCAGGCCAACGAGGGUGUCGGAGGCAACGGCGGCGCUGGAAGUCAGGACUCGAGCUCGGGCGGCGCAGGUGGCUCCAUCUCCAACUGUUGCUCCAGUGGCGCGGUCGGCAAAUCGGGCGAUACACCGACGUCGUACUGGGCCGGAGGCGGCGGCGGCGGCGGUGGCUCGGGCGGCCAGGAAGAUCGUGGCGGUGGCAAGGGUGGCAACGGAGGGCGUUCGGGAGGCGGCGGUGGUGCUGGUGGCUCAUUCAAGGGAGCCAAUGGUGCAUCCGCAACAAGCAACGGGAGCCCUGGAUUCAAUGGCGCCAACGGCGGUGCGGUUGUGCAUUCGGCCCUAUACUGGAUGCCCGGUGGAGCCGGUGCAACUGGAUCACGCGGAUAUGGCGGUCGUGGUGGUGGCGGCGGUGGCGGCGGUCACGGCCAGGGCUGCACCUUUGCACUGAUGGUGCCGGCGGUGGUGGCGGUGGUGGCGGCGGUGGCGGAUCUGGCGGCUACGGUGGCAGCGGCGGCUACGGCGGCGGCUGCUCGUCGGCAGUGUACGCAGCGUCAGGAAAUGGCGGCGUUCUCCGCGACUCUUACUCGCUAGCAGGAUCGGCGGGCGCCGGCGGGAGCGGUGGAACCGGCGGCGCUGGUGGCGCUGGUGGCUCGGGUGGCGCCGCCGGCACCGGCACAAAGGAGGUCGGGGGCGGCGGCACGGGUGGCUCUGGCUCCUCGGGUGGACGGGGCGGCAAAGGUGGGAACGGGCGGGUGGGAUCGCGGUCUGAUGUGUACGACCCACUGGUCGCCAUGUCGCAAGCGUCAGGGACUCGAUACUCGUUUGCCGCCGAGCCGACCAUCACCAUGCCUGUCUCGUCGCUCUGCACCGGCUCGGAAGUGAUCAUCACCAAGGACGACGCCGCUGCUUGGGUCUGGCCGUCUUCAGUCGCCGUUGUCGACGAGACGACAAGCUCGGCCACGGUCUCGUUUGCGUCGACCGGGCGCCACACCAUCGGCACGACAUCGCGGACCAUCCGCGACUUUGUGUACAUCACCGACACCUCACCGCCACACGCCAUCUCGUCGACCGGUACGUCAGUCGAGGUGGCAGGCGUACGAGUGGCUGCCGUUGGCGCGUCGAUGACUCUCUCGGUGGCGUCACAGCCGGCUUUCACCGGCUUUUACGAGUGGACGCUCUCCGGGAGCGCAUGCUCUGGCACCCACACAACCGCGACGACGGCGAUGAUUCCGCUGCCAACCGCAGGUACCUGUAACGUACUGCUGCGGAUCGGGACGACCAACUGUGGAACACUGGCGACCGCCACUACCGUUGUGGUGACCAACAUUGACACCGCAGUCUCGACGACAACGUCGACGACGCCGCAGACGCUGGAGGCCGGCCAGACCUGGUCAUUCUCGGUCGUUACCAAGGAGAGUGGCGGGACGAUUGUCGACAACGCAUUUGACGUCGUCGGCCUCUACGACAACUUGCUCAGUCUCUCGAGUGGACCAGUGAGCACGCAGACGUACAUCGGCUCUGGUGAGCACGAUGUGACGUACACCAACACCGUUCCCGGCGACUACGUGUACACGCUGCGGAUCAACCUGGUGGCCAUGGCGACGAAUCCGUACGAAGUGACGAUUGUUCCCGGCCCGACCCAUGGGCCGUCGUCGUACGCAACCGGUCUGGGCAUCACCAACGCCACGGUUGGUACCACCUCUCAGUUUGUGGUCGUCGCCCGUGAUGCGUACAGCAACUUGCGCGGCGAAGGCGGUGACAUUGUGACGGCGACGCUUACGUCGCCGGACCACCAGACUGUUGUCGCGUGUGUGGACAACGAUGAUGGCACCUACAUCUGUUCGUACAAUCCUUCGUUUGGCGGCACCUACGUCCUCAGCGUCAACAUUGCCGGGCUCUCGGUCGGCGGCUCUCCAUGGCCGAUCAAGGUCCUGGCCUCAUGUGAGCUCGGUUACCUUGCCGAAACCGAGUUUGGUCCCUGCACCGCCUGUCCGCUCGAGGGCUACAACGAUGUAGUCAACGCGCCCAAGUGCAAGACCUGCCCGGUCAAUACCAUCGCGUCGCCGAUUGCGCCGACAAUUUUCAACUGCUCGUGCGUACCGGGCUUCUUCCACCCGGAGCGCUUGACUGGCUUCCCUUGCCUCUCGUGUCCCGAGGGCGCAGUUUGUGCAGGCGGAACUGACGGUCCUGUGGCCCGACCGGGCUGGCACCCGGCGACAUCAACUGCCGACGGCUUUAUCGAGUGCUCUCACAACCGGGCGGCGUGUGCCGGCGGCUCGCCGUUCCGAUGCGCCAACGGGUACGCCGGGCGGCUAUGUGGCGAAUGCGCGCCGGGCUACUACAAGGUCGACAACAUAUGCCGGCCGUGCGACGAGUUCCCUUCCGAGCUCAUGUUUUUCUUCUUCUUCAUGUUUGGCCUCUUUGUCUGCGCCGCACUUGCGUGGUUCAACACCAAGACCGAGGUCUCGCACAAGUUCGUGGCCCUCGUCAUCGGCCUCAACGCGCUCCAGGUCGUCGCCAUCUACGGCGACAUCAACCUCGACUGGCCCGAGUACGCGCGGUCGAUCUUCGACAUUGUCUCGUUCCUCAACAUCAACCUCGACCUUGCCUCUCCCGAGUGCUCCAUCAGCGCGUCGAACAUCUGGCUGGUCAAGUGGGCGGUCAUGAUGGCGAUGCCGGCCAUCGGUGUCGUUCUCUUUGGCAUCGUCUACCUGUGGAUGGUCUUCUACAUGGUCGUUGUCGAGCGGUGGGGCGAGUCGUUUGCCGCCAGCCACCCCGAGUGGAUGGUGGUCCCGAGCGAUGGUGCAAGCAGGGCAGCCCAGGCCAAGCAUCGGCUCGGGCGGUGCCUCACGGUCUCGGUCCUCAAGCACCGCGGCAUUGUGUCGACCAUCGGACGGGCGUACUUUCAGCUCAUUGCCCUUGUCUACCUCCCACUCGUGGCCAUGACGCUCAAGUUCUUUGAGUGCGUCGAGGUCGAGCGCGGCGACUACGUCAUGGCAUCUGCGCCGGCGUACGCGUGCUACGACUCGGUGUACUGGAGGUACUUCCCGGCUGCGGUCAUCUUUGCACUGCUCUACUGCAUUGGUAUUCCGGUGGUCGUCACUCUCUGGCUGAGGCGUAAGGCGCGGAUUCUUGGUGGUGCUGCCGCCAUGGAGUUUGUGCUGAGCUACGGGUUCAUGAUCGGGCGGUACCGGACCCGGUUCUACCUCUUCGAGACUGCGAUCAUGGCCCGCAAGCUGGCGAUUGUGGUCUGUGUGGUGGCAGUGGAGGACCCGCUGCUGAAGGCGUCGAUUGUUAUGCUGCUGCUCUCCGGCAUUGCAGUCCACUCGUCAUACAUCCAGCCGUACGUCUCGACCUUCCACAACCGGCUCGAGUCGUGGAUGCUCUGCAUGGCCAUUCUCGCGCUGUGGGGUGGGACUGUGACAUACUCAUCGGGCCUCUCGCAGGCUGCCAUCAUCACCGGCCUCUCGCUGCUCGUGCUCUCGAUUUUCUUUGGCAUUAUCUUUGACUUUUAUCGCCUCCGCAAAAAGGAGAAGCGUGCCGCAAGCGAAGUGGGCUUUUCGGCGGCGGAAACGUCCACCUCGCUGCAGCAGGACGAGGACGAUGCCGCCAUCGGUGGGUUGAUGGAGACGUUCAUCGAUGGCGACGGAAGCACCAGUGUGGCGUACGCCAACCCGGUCUUUGCCACCGUCUCGGACGCCCCUCCGUCUUGUAUCGGCGAGUACGACACCGCGUCCGGCUCGCUCAUGACGUUCAAUACCGCCACCGACAACCACUUUUACGACUCGCCGCCGCCGCCGUCGCCGCUCCCGGCGCCGGCGCCGCCGCCGAAGCCGGAUGGUCACCGGAAUGCCCCGCUGCCAGACUCACUUUGCGCCUCGGUCGCUGUCGACACCAUCCAGGAUCUCGGCACCACUGACUCGCUGGCUUGAGCAGGAUAGUAGCUGCUUUGCUUCCAGAACUACGCGUCGCAGGCGAGGAGACGGCAUGCCCUCUCGUUUUCCCCACCUCGCUUGCAACUCUUCCUCACUCUUUCUCUCUCUCUUUCUUUCUCUCUUUUCCUCGUGAACACCACAACACUGCUACA